CACCCCCCUUCCCGACCGUUGGCCACCACCCUCCUCCCCCCCUCCCUCCGGGCAAUCAAUCCAAUCUGAUGCAGAAGAGCCAGGGACCCAAGUCGACGGCGCGGCGGCGCCCCCUGCGCGUCCUCUCCGGCAACAGGACGCCCCACCCGGCGCCGCCCGGAUCCCUCCGCCGCAAGCCCCCCACCGCUGCGGCCGCUCCCCCCUCCGCCGCCGCCGCCGCCGCGGCCGAGCCGGCGCUCGACCGCCUCCUCCUCGCCAGCUCCGCCCUCGCCGGCCUCGUCUCCCAGAUUGACAAAUUGGUCUCCAGCGCCCUCCAAUGCCAUACUAUAUCCACGAGAGGGGAACAAGAGAUAGAAUCCUUCAGUUGCUUCUUGUCAGACACUAAUUCUUCUUUGAAGCAAUGGGCCUCCAGACUUAAGCAAGCGCUUGAAGCUUCCCCAGCCAAAAGUGAAAAUGCCUCAAAGCACACCAUGGAAACCUGUUCAAAAUGUGUUGCGAAAGGGAAUGACAAGUUGUUUCCCAGCAACAGCAACUUACCUCCAGCAGGCCCGGCAGUAUCGCCUUCACAAGACUUGGUCUGCAGCAGCAGCAACAACUUACCAGAGACUGACCUGAUUGUCUCGCCUUCACCUCUUGUUUCAUGGCGUACUGGGGCAUGUAUGGUCGACAGUGGGAAGCAGUUAUUUCUCUUGACACCAUUGCCAAAAUCAAAAGCACGCUCAUCCAUGUGCCCAAGAUCAUCAAAAGCACAGUUGAGGACAACUGCCAGCAUGGAUGAGCUGAAUUUUCCCGAUUUACCUGUUUGGAAACUAACCAUUUCUGAUGACAAUAGUCCUGAUCUGGAGCAAAGCGUGAAAGGAAAGGAAGCAAGGGCUGGUGUUGCGACACCUUAUCCUAGCAAAGCAAAGAAAAGCUCAUCAGAAGACAAUCUAUUUUCGCCUUUUAGCUUCUCAAUUCAGAAGAGCAGGAGAGCACCACUGCCUACUCCAUGCCUGAAGACAGCAUUGCGAGGUAAGCAACAUGUGUUCUCACCGAUAUCGGAGGGCUCAAGUAAGGAUGACAUUCUCAGUGCUGGACCGACUGAGAGUGACAAACCACCAUCUGGAUCCUCUGAUGAAAUGCUGUCUGAUGAGAAGGAUCUGGCAUCAAGGUAUCCAGACCUGUAUGGGUUUAAUCAGCCUACCGGAGACAGACGCCGAAAGAAAGAAGCCGAUGUGGCUCUUGACUGGUUCUUGUCGCCCCUCAAGACCUGCGUGCUAAUGGAUCCAAGUCCAACAGAUGAUAAGCCUGUUCCCGUUCCAGCAAAGGAUAACAAAUCCUUGAUAGAAAGUCCUUGGGAAGGCUGGGAAAGCAACAAUAACCUGGAGGGAAGACGGAAACUUUCAGAUUGCAAUCCUAUCCAAACUCUAUCGGUGCAUAGCAAGGCCGUGGUUGGUACUCCCCGAAAAGGCCUGGAAAGCAAUAACCUGAAGGGAAAGCAGGAGCUUCCAGAUGACAAACUCAUCCAGACCCCAGCAGUGCAUAGCAGGGCCUUGGUUGGCACUCCCUGGAAAGGCCUGGAAAGCACCAACCUGAAGGGAAGGCACGCCGGCGAAACUACUCUCAAGAAGGAGCUCUGGGCAAGAUUCGAGGCGGUCUCGACCAACGAGCUGCACCUAGACAGGUCAGUCUUCCAGAAGCAAGAUGGGAGGAGAUUCAUCGACAUGCUCGAGGAGGCUGAAUGAUUCAGAGUAGCAGCAGGAGGGCACUUGUUUCUUUUUGGCGCUGUAGCUGUGGGAUUGCAGACUGAAACCCAUCCCUAUUGUCUAUAACGGUCUGUCGGUCUCCAUCAAUCAUGUAUGAGUGCCCAGAGCCAAAACUGCGGUGAUCAAUGGAUCAGCAACGGGUUCCAAGUCUCGCGGGCUCGCGCCGCCUUGUGUUCAAUAAGAUUGGCCGCGUCACAAAAAUAUGCAUUUUGUACUGAUUAUCUUGUGCAUUUUGCAAAACUGUUGUUGUGUAGACAUGGGCAGUGUUGAACUGUCGAUUCAUCGCAGUCACAGGGUGUUUGUUCUAUACUAGGAGUACAAGGAGAUCGGUGGCUAAUAAAACAUACUGCUACAAA